AUGAACAAGACUGAGGGAACUUUUGAGAGCCCAGGUCUUUGCAGCCCUGGUCUCAUGAAGAGCACCUCCUUCACCAGUGUGGCACUACCAUUUAAUUUCGGGCAGCAGGCCACGGACAAAUCCCUGAAUGCAAUCCCUAUUGUGGUCCUCUUGAUCAUGACAGUAUCUCCUGGGUGUACGAUGGGAACAGCCCAGACCACAACUCCCCUCAGGAAACCCAAAGGUGUGGCAGUGGCUGCAAUGGCUCACUACGACAUCAUGCCCUUGAAAGUGUUUGUGUCGGGCAAGUUCUUCCAGCUGAGUGCUACAGAAUCUCUUCCCAUCCUCAUCUGCAGCUGCUGCCGAGGAAACCUCUCCAACAUUUCUAAUCUGGCACCGAGAGGGGACGUGAACCUCAGCACUGUAAUGACCACAUGCUCAAUGGUCCUGGCAAUUGGACUAACACCUCUGCUUCUGUACCUUUACUCAGGAGCACUAUAUGAUUUGGGUGAUUUGGGGGGCAAGGUACCUUACAAAGGAUUGAUCGCCUCCCUGGUGCUGGUGCUAAUCCCCUGUGCCCUCUGCAUCAUGUUGAAUGAGCAGAAACCACAGUACAUUGGCUUUACCAUCAAGACUCUUCUUUUCACCUUUCAAGCAGUGUGCAUGGAAACUGGCUGCCAGAACACCCAGCUUUGCUCAGCUCUCCUCAAGGCCACCUUCACCCCAGAAAUCAUCAGCCCACACUUCUUCCCACUGCUCUACUUGCUGUUCCAGCUUGGAGAGGGACUUCUGCUCAUCCGGGUUUUUAGGAUGCAUGACAGAAUAAAGAAACCAAACAGCAAGUACAGCUUUGCUCCUGUAGUUCUUAAGCUUCCCAGUCCAAACCAUGUACACUUACAGUGA